AUGGUUUACAACGUUGCAGAAAUGUGUUGUGGCUAUUCGUUUGAUGGCUAUGCGGGAGUCACCCGACACCAUGGACGACUAUAUGAGAAUGUCCGAAAGAACCGCAAGAGAGAGUUUGUAUACAUUGUCAAGGGUUGUGUUGAAACUUUUGGAGACGUGUAUUUGCGGAAACCUUCGUUGCAUGAUUUGCAAGAAUUCUAUGCGGCGCAUGAAGAACGCCAUGGGUUUCCCGGAAUGAUCGGAAGCAUUGAUUGCACACACUGGAAAAUGGAAAAAUUGUCCGGUAGCAUGGAAAGGGCAAUACGCAAGUGGUCAUCACGGAUCACCUUCGUUGGUUUGCCAAUAUUCGACGAUCUUUUGAAUGAAAAAGCUUCGGAUGCUCCUUUCACAAUGAAUGGAAACGAGUACAAAUAUGGGUAUUACCCUACAGAUGGAAUAUAUCCUCAGUAUUCCACAUUCGUGAAGGCAUUCCGCCACCCGGUUGAAGAACGAGACAAAUUUUUUAAGAGAAGACAAGAAGGAGCACGUAAGGAUGUGAAACGUGCUUUUGGAGUGCUGAAGGCGAAGUGGCAUAUAGUCGAACAUGCAGCAUGA